UGUGGAUAUUCCCUUUCGGUUUGUACAUGCAUAGAGUGAAAGGGAGGACAGCAGAACGUAAAGAGUGCAGGUUUCUGAAAUGGGAGCUACAUCUUCAUCAUCCGCGCAACGGGACAGCAAAUGUGAGGGAGACGCAGCAGCGGAGGAACAGACUGCAGGGGCUAGUGAUGCUCGGGACGACGCCAGUGCUGAAGACAAGUUGUUACAAAAAAAUGGACCAUUCUCCAGUUUGAAUAUAAAGACAAAGAACCAUGCAGAUGAAUUAAAUGAACACUUUGAGCAGAGGGUACUUGCAGAUGUUGGCUCAGGGUUUUUUAAUAUAAAAGAAGAUGGCACAGAGACAAUUGAAGACCUUCAGGAUGUGGACACCCUUCAACCAAACACUCCCAACGAGGACCGUGAGAUGGUUAAUGCAGAUGCUAUAAAUGUGAAGGAGGGAACAGAGGAGGAUGGCCAAGAAAAUGAUAUAAAUGAAGUUGGCUUCAAAAAAAUCUUCAGAUUUGUUGGAUUUAAGUUCACCCUGAAAAAAGACACAUGUGAAAAGACUGAAAGAGAAGGGUUACAAGCAAAUGAGCAAGUAGAGAAUGUGGCAAGUAACUCUGAGAACUUCAACGAAUCCAAAGAGAAGAUCACUGAGGCAGCAAAUGAAAACAGCUCAUAUGAGAACACAGAACCAUUGAACAGUGCAGUGUCUGCCCAGCCUAAGGCAGCUUCUCCCUCUCAAAAAACAGAAAAUGAAACCAAGGUGGAUCAGGACGCAGAGAUAGUGGAACAUAAUGUGGAGUUCACACCUGAUAAAAAUCUGGCAAAAGCGGUUGAAGCAAGUCCUGAGCCAGAGGAGCCAAUGUCGCCGAUCAAACUAUUCCUUACACAAGGAAUCUUUGCCAGUUUUAAAAAGAAAAAGAAAGAAGAGGAAAUACAAAAAGAGAGUAAGGAAGAGGAACUGAAAAUAAUUGAUAAAAUAGAUUCUGCAAAGUCAGAGGAUGCUGAAAAAGAGGAUAGUAAAUGCAUAUGCCUUGGUAUCCCUCAUAUCAUGUCCGAGGAAAAAAAAAUUUCACUGGAGAAAGGAGACAGUACAUUAUUACCUGAAGAACUUCGGAAUUCUCCAGAGAAAGAUAAAGUACAAGGAAGUACACUCAAAAGACUUUUCAGGAAAUUUUCCACAAGAAGGCAGAGAGAAAGUAAAGCUGCAGAAAAGGUGAUUGAGGCUGAGGAAAAAAUCUCUGAACAGUCUGAGUCAUCAUUGGAAUUGACAGAGGUCCAGAAAGAGAAGGAACCAGUGGUUGAAGAACCAAAAUUAGCUGAAGAGGAGCAGAUGGCUGAUGUUAGUCCCCAAGAGUCCAAAAAGAAAUCUGAGUCCACCGUUUCCUGGGAAGCACUAAUUUGUGGUGGUUCUGAUAAAAAAAGGGCUAGAAAAAUAAAUGAGGAUGAGACACCAGACAAAGGAGAGGAAUAUGAGAAAACAUCUGAAUUUCCCCUUGGAAGUUCCAUUGAGGGUGAUUAUGAUCAACUUACAUCAUCAGGUGAACAAGCUGGAAGUCCUGGAGAGGGAGAGGCAGGAUCCACAUGGAAAAUAUUUAAAAAAAUGGUCACCCCAAAGAGGAAGGUCAGAACUGGAGAAAGUAGUUCACCUGAACAGAUACCUUCAGACAGUGAGAUGAACAAAGAUGACUCAUUUUCUAUAAAGAAACUUAUUCCAGGGCAUAAAAACAUAAACUCUGAUGCAAGGCAAGAACAGACAUCCUCUGAUGAGGCUGGAAAGGAUGGUGAAACUGGUGACGAAGAAAACGAAACACCCACUAUUAUUCCUUUCUCAGAGUAUGUAAUAAUUGAGCCUGAAAGUCUUAGAGAGAUGAAUUUUACAAAAGAUUCUCAUGUUACAAUAGAACAUGAGAUGACAGAGGUGACUUCACAAGUGUUAGACCAGGAAAAACAAAAUGACUCUGAGCCCAAGCUUGCCGCUAAACUUUCAUAUAAUGCAAGACCAUCAAUCAUACAUGUUAUAUCAGAGGACUUUGAAGAACUAACAGACUUCAUAAGCAAAUAUCAACAACUGAGUGAUAUACCAGAGGAAGGGAUCAUUGAGGAAAGCUUAGAAACACCAAUAUCAUCUGCUGAGUGGAUAACACAGGAUGACACCUUAGCUGAGGAAUUUGUAGAGUUGACGUCUGAUGCCGUCACUGCCCCAGAGCCUGCAAGUGAAGAAUUCAUUGGGGAUGACACAACUGAAAUGGUCUCAGCAGUGUCCCAGCUAACAGAAUCACCCAAGACAUCUGGGCAUGUUACACCAGUGCUGGGUGAAUAUAGCAUUCAAACGUCAGAUGUGAUCCUACAAGAAGCUGUUCAAUCCAUCUGCAUGACUCCACAUCUUCAGUCAGAAACCACAAAAGAUGAAAGCCAAGAAUCCCUUGCUGUGUCAUUUUCACCUUAUAUUGUACAGUCAUCCACACCAGAAGAAACAAAAGUUUUAGUUGCACACAAGAAAACAGAUGCAACAACAAUAUGUACAGGCUUAGUAUCUCAGGAAAUAGAGUCUUUGGAUGAACCUCUCCCUGCACCCCAGGUGGAGGCAGUUCCUGAAGUAAGUGAUGCUGUCCUGACUGAAUUAGUCUCUGAUAACCUGACAGAUGAACUCGAAGUAGCAGGACAUGGGCAAGAUGAGGUCUACGAAGCUGAAAUAGUGGAAGUUAAGACAACGUAUCAGAAACUAAUUAUAACAAAUGCCAUUAAAACGGAACUUAAUAUAGAGCAAGUAAAUGAAUUGAUGGCAGAGCAGAACAAAGAGAAAUUUCCAAUAGAACCAGUGACGUGUAUUGAACCUGUUCAUGUGGCAGAGAUUGAUACAAUACAAAGUGAAACUGUGCUGGACCAGAUAAUUUCAGAAAACACAUACGGUCCUGAGAAAGAAGGUCCAUUACACUCAGUGUUAGAAAAACCUGUGUAUGGACAACCAGUACAUUACACCGAUGUAACUGCUGAAGUUGAAAAAGAGAUCAAGCUUCCAGAUGUUGAAUUGUCAGCUGCUGAGUUUGAGCAAGCUGCACUAACUGAAGUGUUGGAGUCUUUGACACAUUAUGUUGUAGCCAAUGUUUCUGACACAACUACAAGUGAAGCUUCAGACAUCAGUGAGGAAGGAAUUGAAAUUGUUGCCUCUACUGUGGAAUGUCUUGAAACCAAAGAGACUAUUAGUAUUAUAAGUCCAAUUUCAGAUUCCAGAAAGGCAGAGGUGAUGGAGGUAGAAGACAUUAUACAAAUAGAAUAUGUUAAAUCAAUACAUGUUGAUGUUCAUGAAAUGCAAGGGGACAUAAAAGACACAGUCUUAAAAACAGCAGGGGCAGAAGUAGAGACAGUUCUUCAAGUUGUCUCCGCAGGUGAUUCAUCAAUAAUUGUGGAGGACAUCUAUGAGAAAAUAGAAGAAAUUGAAGAGGGCAAAAUGUCACAGAAGGAAAUUGAGAACAUACAAGCAGAGAAGAGUAUUGAUGUUGUUGCUUCAGAAGCUGUUCAAAAUAUUGAGGCUGAAAACAUUUCAGAAACUGCAGCUGAGUUAUUUGUCAGAGAAGAGUUGGAGGAAAAACUAUUGAAUAUACCAACCGAGGAGGUGUCACUUCCAGGAACAGUAUUAGUUGAAAAGUCUGAAGUGAUGGAUGAAGUUACACCAGAGCUUGAAGAAAUGCCCAAAGAAAUAGAUAUUCGAAUAGAUGAUAACAAAGUGGAAGAAGGUGCAAGUGACAGAGCAGACAGGAUAGGUCUGAAUGACGAAAAGGAACUUGCAGUAAAGGAAUGGCAAACAUUAACAAACGUUAAAGCCGAUGAAUCAGAGAAUCUAGAGGUUUCUGGUCAUACACAUAUUAUUGAGGCAUCUCCUGAAAUGAUUGAACAAGAUGUUGAAACAGAAAAUGCAGAGACAGUUAAAGGAAUAAGAAAGGAUUCAGAUAUUUCUGAGAUUUCAAAGGAAGUAUUGGAGCACAAAGAAACAACAGCAGAGCUUGAAGAUAAUUCUGAAGACAUGCUAACACAUCUAGAGACUGCUCUUCCCCAAGUUGAAACAAGAUCUGUACAAACAGAAAUCAUGGCCUCUCAAACAGAGUUGAAUCUGGGAACCGAACAAAGUCCAGAAACUUCCAAGGAGGAUGAACAAACUAUAACAACUGAGAAUAUUAAGACUGGUAAAGUUUUAAAGAUAGUUGCUAUUAUUGAGAAUGCAAAAAAACAAUCAGAGACAGAGAAACCAGUACCAGUAGCACAGGCACUUGCAGUAUCUGAGCUACCAGAGGUAAUGGAACAAGAUAAUUAUACAUCAGUAAUAACUGAUUUAAAUGCUGAAGCAACAGAUGGUGACCAAGUAGACCAGGCACAAGUAAUGGUAGCAACAGAAUUGACAAAAACAGCAGUUCCAGAAGAAAAAGACAAAACCCCUGUUGUCACUGAACCAGAAAGAUCAGGACCAGCUUUAAUUAAAGGGGCUGUAACAACAGCGAGUGAGUCUUUAGGAGUGGCACAAAAUGAUACUGCUACACUAAAUGAGGUUAAUAGUGUGAAUAAACACGAUGAAACAACAGAAGGCACCAUGCUAAAAUGUGAACCUGCUGAACAGGAGGUAGAGAAACCAUUGGCAAUCAAGUUGCAGGUAGACAAUGCAGAAAUGAAAGAUGAAAUACCAGCAGUAAUGGAUUUGAAAGAGGAGCCAUCAACUGUUCCCAAACCAGAAGUAGCGUCCAUGUCACAGACACUACCACUGAGCCCUGAAAUAGAAACAGCAACACUACAAGUUACUGUUCCUGAGAUGCAAACACAAGUAGAGUCUGAACUCAGGGCAGAGACCAUUGAAAUGACAGAACCAAAAGUAGAAACACAUGUGGUAACAGAAUUUAAAGUAGAGACAGCAGUAGUAACUAAACUUGAAGUGGGGACACCAUUUGUGAAAUCAGUGGUUACAGAACUUGAGAUAGAUACACCAGUAGUUACAUCUAUGACAAAAAAUAUUGACACACACAGCUCUGCUGUAACAUCAGUGAUUCAAAACACAGACACUGACACCACAUUUUUAACAGAAGUGGUCAAAGAACAUGUUGAGAUGCCCACUGUUACCCCUGUGGUAGUGACACCAUCUGAAGCACUAGAUGUAGUUACAACAGUUGUGACUCUAGGCAACAGAUCAAGGCCUGUAGCUCCAGUGAAAGACAUACCAGAUGUGACUCUACUGGUAGGAACACCAGCUGUUGAUCCAGUGGCUGUGUCAACAGCUGUGGCCCCAGAAGUUGAGAUGCAAAAUGUGACUCAAGUAGUCAAGACAUCAGCUUUCAGUUCAGGUAUAGUAACAGAUGCUGCACCUCCUGACGUAGUUAGACCGACAGUGACUGCACUAGCAAAAACCUCAGUUGUGAGCGCAGUAGUUGAAACUCCAGUUGUGACCCCAAUGACAGACACUGUGGCCCUAGCAGUAGAAAUCCCAAAUGGGACUCCAGUGUUAAAGAUACCAACGGUAGGACCAGUUGCAGUUACACUAGCUGUAACCCCUGUGGUGGAGACACCAGCUGUUUUAGUGACAGAGGUUGAACCUCCAAUAGUAGUGUGAUGAGGAG